AUGACAAAUACGACAGAGCAGGGAUAUUCCCAAUUGUCCAAAGAUUUAUCGCACAAAUCCUUUACUAUGCAAGAAGUGCCUGUAGAGAUGACACGAACCUCCUAUGCCGUCCAAAUGAACAUUAUGAUAACAGCAACCCAGGAGCAACCAGCAUUUUUCAUUUGCACCGCGAAAGAAAUCAACCUGUCUGUGAACGGAUCGUUGAUUGCAAAUUCACCAUAUGCAGCACCUGAAUCAUCCGGAAUCAUGGAUGAAAGUGUAAUUCUAGAAAGUGAUAUUCCACACAGACUGAAUGUACCUGUAAAAAUCGGACCAUCGCACAGUUUAAAAAAAACCAAUGUCGUUCAUGUUGCA